CUCAAGGCAGCUAUCAAGUCGGCCACUGUGUUAAUUCGUUGAGUGCCAAUUUCCCAGGUAUGGGGCAUCUGCUACGGAAAUGGAUCCAAGAGGGGACCGCAGGACGCAGGUCGAAAAGGCCACCUUCAACCCCCUCCCCUCCCCUCCCCUCCCCUCCCCCCCGUGCUACGGCCGACAGACAGGCAAGUCGGCUGUCCUGGACCCAGAUCGAUGGAACCAAUGAAAAGGUGAGCACGGACAGACUCGCGCUCAAGGCUGUUCCGGGUCUUGGAGUCUUGUCUCUUGCGCCGCCGCCGUCUUUUCCCCCUCGCCCCAGUCAUGCGGAUCUAGCGGUUUGCCGGCAGCCAUUUUCUUUCCACUCACUGCACAUCAAGGACCUCGCUUAUUUUCUGCCACCGUCUAUCUUAACUCGAUUAGGAAUUACUACAAUUGCAUCUCAUCUGAAAGAAAUGGAAAGGAAAAAAACCUUCAAAGACGCCAAAGUCUGCGGGCGGGGCAGAAAGCGUAAAUGGAUAUGAAGGGUUCUGUUGUCGUUGGUGGUGGUGGUGGUGAUUAUUGUUGUUGUUGACUUUGGGGCUUUGUUGACUGCUGUAAGCGAUUUCGGCGGAUCUUCAGCACAUACCCAAU